AUGACACUAUCUUACCCUGAUCCCAUCCAUUCUUCAUUUGUUCACAUGACACUAUCUUACCCUGAUCCCGUCCAUUCUUCAUUUGUUCACGUGACACUAUCUUACCCUGAUCCCGUCCAUUCUUCAUCUGUUCACGUGACUCUAUUUUACCCUGAUCCUAUCCAUUCUUCAUUUGUUCACAUGACACUAUCUUACCCUGAUCCCGUCCAUUCUUCAUCUGUUCACGUGACUCUAUCUCACCCUGAUCCUAUCCAUUCUUCAUUUGUUCACAUGACACUAUCUUACCCUGAUCCCAUUCAUUCUUCAUCUGUUCACAUUACACUAUCUUACCCUGAUCCCGUCCAUUCUUCAUCUGUUCACGUGACUCUAUCUUACCCUGAUCCUAUCCAUUCUUCAUUUGUUCACAUGACACUAUCUUACCCUGAUCCCAUCCAUUCUUCAUCUGUUCACGUGACUCUAUCUUACCCUGAACCAACCACUCUGUAUUUAUUCUUCAUCAGUUCAUAA